CUCUCUCAUCUUCAUCUUCAUCAUUACUCUUAAUUGUUUUUAAACUUUUCCCUUGAUUCAUUUUCAACUCAGUCAUCAUUACAGCUUAAUCCAAUCUUAAUCCUGACUAAUGUUAUCAACUUCAUUAUAAAUAUAUAAAUUGUUAUCAUUUUCAUCAUUUCCGUUUCCGUUUGAAGCAUUAAAUAUUAACAUUAUACUAUUUUUUUUUUCAGUUGUGAAAUUAAUUUACUUUAAUCUUAGUUUUACCUCAAUGAAGAUGAUGAUAAAAGAAGAUAAAUUUUUUUCCUCUCUCAGCUGAUUUACCUUUACAAUUCAUCUUUCUAUUAAAAAAACUAAAUCAUCAUCAUAAUCAUCACAUUGUCAACAUGAUUUAUUGGAAUCUUGUUAAUUAACUAAACCAUCAUUCAUUCAAAGUAUACAUAUAAAAUAAUAUAUUAAUUGUUACCAUUGUUUAUAUGCAUGUUCAAUGUUAAUCACAAUUACAACUGUUACUCCUCCAACAACAACAAUUAAACAACAACAACAACAACAAUCAACUCACAGAUUAAAGUUAAUCAAAUGGGCUGAUAAAGGCUUUCAGUGGGUGGUGACAGUUUCCGUUUAUGGCUUAUGAUAAUCGGGCAUCCAAACGCAAAAGUGGUCGUCGUCUUCCUCCUUCCCACCAUCGGCACCGUUCUCGAAAUCGCCAUGGUCAUGAGUCAUCUUCCUCAUAUCGUCGACCUGUUACCUCGGGGGAAAAGUGUAAAGAUUAUUGCAGAAAAUUUGUCGCAUUCCUGUUCAGUCAUAUUGGUAUAAGUGCCAUUGUGGUUGCCUACAUGAUCGGUGGGGCACUUUUAUUUCAACGCCUCGAGGGUGAGGCGACAAACGAUAUAAACAUUUCCGUUGGUGAGAUGAUUAUCCAAUCGGUUGACCGGAUGUGGAUUAUAACCAAUGAGAUUAACAUUCUUAAUAGAGAUGCCUGGGACCAGAUAAUCCGUAAUGAGACAAAUAUAUUUUCAAUCAAUCUGAUUAAACAAAUUCAAUCAGGAUUUGAUAAUGAGCCACGAAAUAAUAAGUGGGAGUUUCCAGGAGCAUUCCUAUUCUGUCUAACGGUAAUUACAACAAUCGGUUAUGGUCAUAUAGCACCGAUAACGGCUGAAGGACGAGCGGCGACAAUUGUUUAUGCCAUUUUCGGGAUUCCGUUGAUGUUACUUUAUCUCGCCAAUAUUGGUGGUACUUUGGCUAAAUCAUUUAGAUAUGUUUAUGGUAAAUUUCAAGCAUGUUGUUCAUUGAAACACUCGGCGAGAAGUAGAUCAGCACGAUCACGAUCACGUCGAGUUUAUAAUUAUCAGCAAAGUGGAAGACGAAGUGUCGGUGGAGGUGAAAGAGGAAGAGGAGGAAGUGCUGGUGGAGGAGGAGGAGGAGGAGGAAUUGGACCUAAAUCAUCAAUUGAAUUAAGUCCUUUUAAGGGAACAAUAAAAACACCUAAAGGAAGUGGACCAACUCCAGCAACACCAGGAACCAGUGGCAGUGGUGGAGGUGGAGGAGGAACAGGUAUUGGAACCAUGGGUGCAAUAUGGUCAACAAUUACCUCACAUCAUCAUCAAUCAGCUAAUUCCUCAUUACCAAGUUCACCGAUUUCCAAAGUUACUCGGAACAUUCCCUUUAUUCCAGAUUCUAGUUCGAGACAUGAAACACCCGAACUUGUUUCUGGUUAUCGUUUGGGUAAAAGUCCAACUGAACCAAAUAUUCCCGGAGGCGGAAGUGGACCAACAAUGGGAGGAACAGGAGGAGGAACUGCAACCAUCAAUAGCGGUCCUGUUGGAAGUGGUGGUGGCGGUGGUGGUGGAGUUCAGGGUGUUAAUUCUGAUCGAAUAAUCGAACGUGAACCAUCUUCUUCUAUUCGAAUGAUUGGACGAGAUGAGGUUAUAAAUGAGAAUCGAAAAGGUAGCGAGCGAGUUCACGUUCCAAUUUCACUUUGCCUUUUCAUCUUAAUUGCUUAUGUUUCCAUUGGUGGAAUCCUUUUCUCCGGAUGGGAAUCAUGGGAAGUUCAUGAUGGAAUUUAUUUCUGUUUUAUUACUCUUUCAACAAUUGGAUUCGGUGAUCUGGUUCCAGGGGAGAAAUCAUUGAAAUCGGAAAAUAUGAUUCUCUGUGCACUUUACAUCCUGAUGGGAUUAGCACUUAUCGCCAUGUGCUUUAAUCUCAUGCAAGAAGGUGUAAUCCAUAAGGUUAAAACUUUAGGUAUAAUUAUUGGUAUUAUAAAGGAUCCGGAUGCUGAAGAUGAUUAUUAUUACCAUGAUGAUGAUUAUUAUUAUGAUGGUGAAUCGGAUGUGUAAUAAAAAUACACAGAAAAUGUUAUCAGAAAAUAAUCUUAAUCUGAUAACAUUUUCAUACUCACAAUUUAAUAACAAUCAAAUGAAAAUGUUAUCAUGAUAUCAGAAUAUCAAUAAUUAAUAUAACACCUUAUAUUCUGAGGGAGAGAGAGAGAGAGAGAUAAAUUCUGAUGAAUAAUAACAUGACUCGAUUAAGAGAUACAUGUGAUUAUAAUCACCAUGAAAAAUAUAAACUGGGAAUCGAGGAUUUUUCAUGAUUAUGUUUUCCAUGAUAAAAGAGUAAACAUAAAAACCAUUGGAAAUCAGAAUGAAAUCUCACCCAAUGAACAUCAAUAGAUUAGUAUGAUAAUACUAAUGGAAGAAAAUUGUUCUCUUUCUAGUUUUCUUUUUCUUUUUCGAUGGAAAAUGAAACAUUGAAAAUUCUGAUUCUCAUGAAAUAAAUUGAGAAAAAAUGAUGACAAUUUCCCUCUCUCUCUCUCUCUCUCCUCCUCCUCUUCCUCUUUCUCCUUCUGCUCAAUUUUCAUCUUCAUCGAAUCUUUUUCAACUUGGAACUUUUCAUUUUUUUUUCUAUCUUUUAACUUCAUCUUCAUCAUCGCU